AUUGAGGGCUCAUCAAGAAUCGAUGCUUUGCAGAACGACUGCCUGCAGACUCCCAUUAGUUUGUUUUCGACCACCAAGGGAUAAGAAAUAUGAAGACAAAGUCACUCCAAAUUUUGAGGAUCAAUGAGGACAUAAAACAGAAGGCGUAAAAGUAGCUCUUGACAUUUGGACUCAAGAAAACAAGACAUCUAGCAGCAGGAUCAAACAAACACUCAGACGGAUGUAAUGGCGUCGAAAUACCACCGCUCUCUCGAAUUACAAGACUUUUGAGACAGCCAAACAAGGGAUGGGGAGAAGAGCCACUGACCUGACAACUCCAGUUCCAGUUUUGGGUGUCCCUGCUCUGGUUGGAGUACGUGGUUGGAGAACAACAGGACUAGACAGAGCCCUGCUGCACACAUGGGGACCUCAGUGCAGCGUGGGUGUUCAAACGUCUCCGGGGAUAAGCAGACCACUCACCCAGCACAGUGUACAGUUAACUGAUACACUCUCUACGCCAUCGGAUAGCAUUACUCAAACAUCCAAGAGCUACAUCACCAAGGAAACAGUGUACAAGGAGAUACUACUGCUAACAAAGAAUGACAAGGAGAAAAGGGUUAUUUUAAAACAGAAAAGUGGGGAAUCAAAGACCAAAAAGGAAGUGACUUUCAAAGCACUAGGAGGUGAGGCCUCUGAGGAUGUGGCCUGCAGUCAGAGGAACAGUAGUGGGACUUUUUGCUAUGCCAGGGCAAUCAAGACCAACCCACACUUUGCUGGGAAUGUAGCCAACGUCAGGUCCAAAUUCAAAUCUUCUCACCGAUACACCAACGGCAGCGUGGUGGAUUCAGAGGCGAUCGGCGGAAUUAGUGUUCACAAUGACGAGGCAGAGACUGUCAACAGUGCACUCUCUCGUGAAAGAGACCCAACUGGACUGCAAGGUCAUUAUGCAGAGCGGUGUGGGAAGCUGCUGUUAUCAGCUGCCCGACCUUUUGGUAUGCCACAAAAAAUAUGCAGCAAUUGCGGUGGCAGACCGAAUACAGCCAUUGCUGAGAAAUGCUCAACUACCGGCGCUUGUCUCGCAGAGAAACCAUCAAAGUCAGCUGUAACCUCGGUCUUGCCUACCACGCAUGUCCAGAUGCCCCAUAUGGAUACAAACUUUAGGCCGAGGCAAUAUGAAAUCUCAGAGAGCAUCACAAACAGAGACAAAAGGACACUCGUUAAUCCACAAAUGUUAUAUUUUAGUGAAGAACUAAAGUAUGGAAAAACCCCCCACCCAGCAUGCCCAGUGCACUCUAAAGGCAAUUUGGACACUUUGUCACAGACACAUGCUGCAAUUGAUGCAACGUCCCCUCAACCCACAACCAUCCUUCAUUCCAAAACCAUCACUUUUACUAAAGCAACUAUUGAAACAAGACAAGAGGAAGCCAGUACAAAAUAUUUAGCAAAAUCGCCACAAGACGGUAAGAUCCCGCGACCAACAAGUCUCGCUUUGACUCCGCAGUUGGCCACGGCUACCAAACCAAACAACCCACAUUCAAACACUUAUCCUAAGCAGUUCCAAAAUCCACAAAACAAUUAUUCAAAAAAUAAUGUGCCUAAAAAAGAUUUGUCACCAUCUUCACAAUUUAAAAACACAUCUAAUACCAACACACGUAAAUCAACCACAACCUUAAAUACCGCACUGGUGUCAACGGAAAAUAUAUCCGAUAAAGUUAAACAUGAAACGCAUGCAGCACAAGUAAAUGUAGAAAUACAGGCAGCCAAGACAUUAGACCCCAUCAAUAAAGUGGAAACUGCGCCACAAACUACACCUGUAAGUCCACCUAGUAUCCCUCGUGAUUUGGGUUAUUACCCUCAAGAAAAAACAAGCGUUGAGGAAAAAUCACCAGGCGAAGCUUCUUUUAUUGACACUGCAAUAAACUCAACUAGAUUUCCCCUGCCACACACAACUGCGCCAAAUUCAAUUCUCAGAACUGUUGUCCCACAGAGCGUUUUGAAUCGCACGUUGAGUUCAGAUCAUACCAGCACUGAGUGUAAAUCUGUGGCUACAAAGAUCCAACCAAUUGUACUUAACUCCUCAAAUUCCGAACCUGCGCUUCAUGUUUCCACAGGAUCUCUAAACGCAACAUUGAGUGAAACAAAACCCCUAUACUCAAGGGUUAGGUUGCCUUCAAGUGCAGCACCCACUUCUACAUCUACAUACAAAAAUAAAGGCCUCAGGUACUCCUCGAUCAAUCUGAAAACUUCACAACACACAGUCUCCACCUCUUCAUCUACAUUGACAGGAAACCAAAGUAACGUCUGUGCAUCAGAUUCAACUUUGCUUCAAACAGCAAACACAACACAACACAUCAACAUUCUUGAUUGUACUGAAGCACCUCAACCUGAUCACACACCAGCACCAGACAACAGGUUUCAAAGUUGGAAUGAAUCUCGUGUGUGUGGGGUUGUUUUCAAUCAGGAAAACUACUCAACAACGUCUCCAGUUGCAUUAUCCGAGCCGCUAAACGUGUCAAAAGAUCACAUCAAAGUCAGUGAUGCAAGCACCCCAACUCCUAAAUCAGCCAUUAUUUCAGAUACUGAAUCAUAUACGCGUGGAAAUAAAUUCAAUGGUAAUCUAAUCAAUGAAUUAGUUUUGCAUGAGUCAAAUGACCAUGAAAAUUCAGAUCUGCCCCAGGUCACCGACCUUCAGAAUUAUAUUUCCCUAAUUAAGUCAAGCAGCUCUUGUCUCCGGGGUUGCAUAAACACAGGGCAACAAAGGCGCACACAUCAUCAAGAAUACAAAGACACUGAACAUGAGGGACACUCUGCUAAAUGCCCACCAGUAAAAAAGACCCAGGAGACGGGUUCAAAAACAGAACAAUACUCCUCGGGAGUGUCAGUCAGGCAUGCAAAUAUUAAUCUUAAAUAUAAGGCAGACGAAUGCACACCUCCCAAUCACUCAAAACCAGUUGCAAAAGCACAAUCAAACUGUGAGCCCACUUUCUCAUCACUGAAAAACACUGAAGCACAUGUCGAGCCAAUUGCCAAACCUUCAGUUCUCCAAACCUCUGAUUCAGAUACUUCAUCCCUACCACGAACACACAAAAGUCCAGAGCUUUCAUUCAAUGCACCAGUCCCUUUUAACAGCCAGGAAAAGGGUUGUAUGAGCACAGGCAAUUCCAUAUUGCCGUCAUCAACAAAGCUCUUGGCAUCCAUUUCCCGCCUCCCGUCCUUUGAGGCAGAGGCGAUCAUCAGACCGGAUUCAAAAUUUAGCGCUGCCCCCUCUCAGCCGUGCCCAGAGGACACCAGCCUGGCUCACUUGCACCCAGCUGCUGCAGCCCUGUUGCUGCCUCCUUCCCCACAGUGCUGCAAAUCAGCAGCCCUACAGCAGAGGCUCGAGACUGUGGAGGCCAGCCUGGCAGCCAACAAGGACAGGAUCACUACUCUGCUUAAUAUUAUCCAUGACCUGGAGACGUGCCACACUCCCACCAGCGGUCGGCAAUGCUACAACACUGGACAGGACCUCAAAAACUGCUUAACCUGCCAGAAGACUGCUUGUAUUGUGUACAGUGUGGAGUAUGACUUCAGGCAGCAGGAAAGACGCUUCUUGGAGGUUCUGAACCUUUCAUCAAAAGGAAAUAAUGCUUUCCAGGCGCACUCAUCCCCUCCCCUGAACUUCAGCCUGCUCAGAAAUAUCAUCAUUAAGAACUUAACAAAGUCAAAGGUGAGAAGCAAAAAGCUGUGCAAGACACUGUUCAAAUGGCUACCCAGGAAAAUCCAGCAAGUGUAGACCUCUCCAAAAUACCUGUGUGCUGUUUAAUAGCCAUAAGCCUGUGUUUCAAGUGACCAGCAGAAGCCUGUGCAGAGGACUCUGACUACUCCUUUCCUACCCAUAGAAUAAGGUUACUCUGGAUUUGGUUCUUACCCAGAUGAGUUCCAAUCUCCUGCACAUUGUCAAAGCUUAUAAACAUUAUUUUGUACCCCUUAUCUUUGUGACCUUCAGCUAGUAUCAUCCGUAAUUCACUUUUGAAAGUUACUGUGAUUUUGUUGUCAAUAUGCCUGCUUUAAAUGUACGGGCAAACCCCAGCCACACAUUUCUUUAUGUAAUUUUACAUAAAAGAUUCUGUUAUUCACCUUUAUGAUUAAUGCACCAUAAAUUCUAGUUGAUGUUACAUUUCCCCUUUAUCUGUCCCUCUUGCCUGCUUGUUAAGAUUAAA